GCCCGCGCUCGCUCGCGCUCGCCGCCUCGGCCACCCGGCGCCGCAGACGCUCCCGAUCCUGCGAGUCCUCGGCGGGUGCCCGGCCCGAGCGCGGAGCCCAUGGAGCCGGCGGGGGGCGCGCCCCGGGAGAGCGCCGGGGCCGAGGCGCUGCUGGGCGAGCUGGAGGCGCGGGUGCAGGAGGUAGUGAGGGCGAGCUCGUGGUGGGAGCGCCACGGCGUGGACUGCGCCAUCCUCGCGCUCAGCCUCUUCGCUUUGCCACCCGGGUUCCUGUGCCUGCGCUCUGACAGGCCCCUGGUCUUUGCCCUGGGCAUCACCAUCCUGGGGGUGUGCCACUACACGCUGACCGUCAAGGGCAGCCACCUGGCCACUCACGGCGCCCUCACCGAGUCCAGAGGCUGGAGCAAGGUCUGGACGCUUUUCUUUGUGGAGGUAUGCACGUCCUUCACUGCGGAGUAUGCCAAGUAUGGACACGUGAAGAUGCACCAUGGCUACACCAACGUGCUGGGCCUGGGGGACUCAAGCACGUGGAGGCUGCCUUGCCUCAACCGCUACGUCUACAUGUUCCUCGCUCCUCUCUUGAUCCCCAUCAUAACCCCGCUGGUGGCUGUGGAGCGGCUGAGAGAGGUGGAGCUCAGGACGGCCCUGCGGACACUGGGCCUCAUCUCCCUGGGCCUUUAUUCUCAAUACUGGCUGCUCCUGAAUGUGUCUGGCUUCCAGAGCCCUGGCUCGGCCCUGGCCUGCAUGCUCAUCACCAGGUCCCUGCUGGCCCACCCUUAUCUCCACGUCAACAUCUUCCAGCACAUCGGGCUGCCCAUGUUCUCCCCUGACAAGAAGCCCCGACGGAUCCACAUGAUGAGCCUGGGGGUGCUUAACCUGCCCCGGCUGCCCGUGCUGGACUGGGCAUUCGGCCACUCUCUCAUCAGCUGCCACGUGGAACACCACCUCUUCCCCAGGCUCUCCGACAACAUGUGCCUGAAGGUGAAGCCUGUGGUUUCCCAGUUCCUCCACGAGAAGCAGCUGCCAUACAACGAGGACUCCUACCUGGCUCGGUUCCGGCUGUUUCUCCAACGCUACGAGGAGUUCAUGGUGCAGACUCCUCCCAUCACAGAAUUGGUGGGGCUGCAGUGAGGGGCGGGCCGGCCCAGCCACCCCACUCUCCUUCCCGGGGCCCAGCCCUGGCUCUCCUGCCUCUGCUGGCCACCCCUGGGCCAAGAGGGCGCUGGCUCCCACCCAGGGGCUGUGCUUCGCUCCACCAGAGUGUGGAGGCGCAGGUGGACAGUGAGGCGGGGAGCUCGCGCCAGGGCUUCCAGGGAUCGCCUGCCCUGCUUGCUUUUUUAAGUUUUGAGGAAUAAAGGUGGCUGGGCAGUCUGCUAGUCUGGACCUCAGCCAACUUCAUCUCAGGA